AGCUGCUACUGUUCACUCGGGCUGUUCUCGUCCUAACGCAUCUCCGUGACUUAAUUCUCUCACUGACGGAUAAGUAGAUCUCCACCUCCAUUCUGCGGAGCUUGCUCACCUGCCUCGACGGGAAAGCUUCUGGAUAACCUCAGCGGUGAUCUGACACAGACGAACACACUGUGGGUUCUCUCAUGAGCGGUUGAAUCGGUUGAAAGACUUGAUCGGCAGCAUCACCACGGCCAAAGCCAUCACCGUUACAAGUGAAUUUAUCCUCCGUCCGAACAGGAUGAUGGUCACCUUUGGUUCUGUGGUGAUCACCGCCGGCAUCUGUGGUAUCCUGAGCUUCGCUUUUUUGGCGACUUCCCUCGGAACCGAGUUCUGGUACAUCAUAGAGAUGAAUCCUAUGAACAUGAGCGACUUUGAGGACAUGAGCUCCCACUCGGGACUGUGGAGUAUAAACGAAGGUGGGAAGAUAACCGCAGACUCUAUUGACUCUUUCAAAGCUAACUACUCCAGGUACUCCGAGACUGAGCUGCACAUGCUGAACAUGCACAGUGCGAUAGUGGUGAUGCUUCCCCUCAGCCUGGUCCUUGUGCUGUUUGGUGGCAUCUGCGGGUUGGUCAGCUCCCUGGCCCAGAGCCCUGUCCUCCUCACCAGUACGGCCGCCUACUUCUUCAUCUGCAGUAUGUUGACCCUGUGUGGCGUGAGCCUCUACAUCAUCUACUCAUACCAGGCCCUGGCAGAGACCGAGAGGCUGGUGGGGCCUGAAGGCCUGGCCUACGUCCGUACCUCCUUCGGCUGGUCUCUGGGUAUGGCCUGGCUCUCCUACGGCCUGGAGCUCCUCACUGGUGCUCUGCUGCUCAUAGCUGCUCGAAUGGCCAAGCUGCAGCACAGCAGUCCCUCCAUGGCCUGACGCAAGCCUUCACAGUGGAUCCGACACGUUCAGGAAGGGCACUGAACUAUACUGAGCUGUAUAUGAACGUGGGAGAAAGUAGAGUCGGGUAUGUUGCUGCCUUAGAACAAGGUAACAAACAAUACCUGUACAAUAUUAAGGCUUUGACAAAAAUACAGAGGUUGAAUCAAAGAUGACUUGGGUUGUUUUAAAAAGAGUGAUCUACUAGUUUAAUGUCCUUAAAUCUGCUUCAGACUGGAGAUCGACUUUCUAGUGAUUUACAGUAAGUGAAGUGAGGUAGUUGGCUUUGAGUUAAAUUUGUCCAAUUGCGCCCUCUUGUGGUGAAAUGCCUCCCUGUGUCCUCUGUCCACAACCAUGCCGAUUUUCACACAGUAGUCAUUUAAUCUUUGCCAAACUAAAUGGACGAGCUCACAAUUUAAGGUCAUUUCAUGUUAUGUUAAAUAUAUCGAUACAUUUUUAUUCUCCAGAUAUUUCACAUGGCACGUUGUCUGUAUUUGUA